AUGAACGGCAUGUCACGCUUUCUCAGCCGGCGCGACAAGCAUCAUGAGAAGCGCGCGUCCAAGCACGCCCAUACCAAAGUACGCCUGAGCUCUUUCGCUUCUGUCAACUCCCUCAGUCCUUUGCUAUGCUCUGCCGCCGUUGCGCUGCCGGAAGACUCGCCCAGCUGCCAGCGGCGCUUGUCUGCCGGCAUCGAGACGCUGUACCACAAGCUCCCAUUUGUACUGCGAACAUCGUCCAAAUCUACCGAUGCUUCGCCCGACCUCUACAGAAUAUUCACGAGCGAAGGUCCCAGACCGCCAGCGAACAAUGAGUCCGAGAAGAAGGUCAAGAUGCUGCUUUCACGCCUACAGGGCGCUGGCAUAACCAGCAUGGGAGAGGAACAGGCCGAACACGCCCUCGCCUGGCAUCCCAACGACAUCGACAAAGCCUACGAUCUUCUAGUGCUCGCCAACGAAUCGCUCGAAGGCGAGCUGAAGGACUUCAGUCCUGAUGUGACCAUGUUGGGCGCCAUAAACCGGAACAUGGUGACGUGCUACCUGGACGCACUGCUCUUUGCCAUGUUCGCGCGUCUCGACAGCUUUGAGGCCAUGUUGUACGACAAUUUUGAGGAUGAGCCAAGGAAGAAACUGGCGGCUGUGUUGCGCUUAUGGGUCAACCUCUUGAGGAGUGGUCAGCUCAUCAAGGUCGAUUUGACAAAGCACCUCCAGGACUCGCUUGCAAAGUGCGGAUGGGAAGAUGCUGCACAGGUUCGCCAACAAGACGCUUCGGAAGCUUUCACUUUCAUUACUGGUGCGCUCGAGCUGCCGCUACUCACCCUCAAGAUGGACAUCUACCACACCGGACGUGAAGACAAGGAAGAUGACCACAAGUUCGUCAACGAACGGCUGCUCGAAGUCGCCAUUCCAGAGCAAGAGGGCGAUCACGUCGUCACACUGGAAGACUGUUUAGAAACCUAUUUCAACAACAGAAUCGAGGUGAAGCGGUACCUGCAGCGGCAGAAUACGAUAGCAUCCAUCAAGUCCAAAGACGAAGAAUUCGUAGACAAGGAUCCUGAGAAAAACGAGACGAUACAUAUCGAGACGAUGGAGAUGGAGGGCUCGAUGACUCCUCUCGUCUCUACGCCGAUGACUUACGAGCCAAGCACACCACUAACUCCAACGCGACCAAACCUACAAGGCCGCCGUCGCGCUGAUAGUAUCUUCAGCCAGCGGUAUACACGGCAGUCACAGGAAACGAGCAAGUUUGACGAGAAGAAGCAUGUCGAGGACAUGUUGGACAACAGCUCCAGCGGCCGACCACGAUCAGCUUCUCUACUUAAGAAGGAGAUUCUCAUGCCGGCUUGGCAGUUCUUCAGUCUCAUCCCCUGGUAUACCGACAACGUACCAAAGACCGAUGCUCAAGUCGCUGCGCAUUUCUCGGUGAAGCGUCCGGUUCUCGGCAUAUGCCUAAAGAGAUAUACAAUGACGCCGCACGGCGCUCCAAAACGCCUGAACACAUAUAUCGACAUUCCGCUUGAUAUCGGUUUACCUCACUUCAUAUCUGAUGAUCGAAUGAAAGAAGAAGGUCCGCUGUUUGGCAACUUCAAACUUGUGCUCCAGUCUGUCGUCUGCCACCGAGGCGUGUCAGUCGACUCUGGUCACUAUAUUGCGCUUGUCCGUGCUAAUGCUCGCGAACGACCUGGCACCGCGCAAUCGGAUUCGGAGGAAGAGCUAGAAAAGUGGAUACGCUUUGACGAUCUCUCGCCCCAACGGGUGACUGAAGUUGACAUCAAGACAGCCUUGCGAGAAGAGUCACCGUAUCUGCUCUUUUACCAAGUGCAGCCUAUUGAUGAAGAGCUCGCUUCCCGGGGGGAUCCUCCCACAUAUGCAGAAGCGCAGUCAGGAGUUCCGUCCGUAGACCCUUCACGAGAAACGCUAGCUUCCCUGCCCUCUACAACAGCCGCGGAUGCCGAGGCCGGUGUAGAGAACGACAACGUCAACACCAAAGAUCCGCAUACUGAAUCCAAUUCUACAGACGAGCCAGCUAGUCGAACCAGCAUGUCCAGCAAUCGGCGCAGCAGCACCGCGAUCGAGGAUGGCGAAGGCAGCCUACGUGGCCGAACUGAACCGCAAACACCAGAUGAUCAGAAGAGCAGCUUCUUGUCCGUAUCCCGGCGCGGCUCUCGAAUAUGGUUAUCGGGGAACAAUAGAAGUCGACCAGGUAGUCCAAGCGGCGAGACUCGUUUGUCUCUUACGUUAUCGAGGCUAACGGGACGCGGUAGCAAGGACAAGCUGGUUACGACUGAAGCUGCUCCCAGCGACGAGCCUCACAUUGUGAUUGAAAAAGUGAAGAGCGUAGAGAACGAUCAACAGGGCCACUCUCCAGCCAAAGAGAAGAAAGAAGCAGGCUUGUCGGGCAGCAAGAGUAAGAAGGAGAAGAAAGACAGACGGAGGAGCAAGAGUAGGGACCCUGGUACAGUCCUAGAGAAAGGGAAGAAUAAGGACAAAAACAGGCCGGAUCGCGAAUGUCUGGUGAUGUGA